ACCAAAGAAAUAAAUAAGAAGUAUGUGGCAGUUGGAUUUUUACACUUCCCCCAUUAAAGGUCCCACACUAUUGCUCCCCUCUCACUACUACACAAACUCCUCCUGCAAUCCAUCAUUCUUCCCUCUUUUUCCUUCCCAAUUUCUUCAAUCUCACUCUCAAAUUCAACCCCAAAUUUCAUCUUACACCCCAAAAUUUCUCUAUUCUUCCCCAAUUCAAACCCUAGAUCUUUCGCAUGCCUAAAUCUCUUUCUCUGCAAUUCUUUCGCCAUUGCCAGACACCUCCACCGACGAAUACGAGGACGAACAACACUCUCAUUCUCUCUCCUACUUCAUUUUCUUCCCAUUCUUUCGAUUUUUCUCAGGUUAAUUUUCAUGGGAAGAUGAAUUUGCAGUUUGUAGUGUUCGUAUAGUUGGAAGUUGAUUCUUUGGUUUAAUAUUGUUGAUUUUGAAGAAAAAAGUAGGCGAAAAUGAUCAACACGUCACUUGCACUCACCUAUUUGUACUUAUUGAUUUACAUUUUGCUUUCUUCUGGAGUUAUACUGUACAAUAAGUGGGUUCUAUCUCCGAAGUACUUCAAUUUUCCAUUUCCUAUAACACUCACAAUGGUUCAUAUGGGGUUCUCCGGUGUUGUGGCAUUCUUUCUUGUUCGUGUUUUUAAGGUUGUAGCUCCUGUCAAAAUGACAUUUGAAAUUUAUGCAACAUGUGUAAUCCCCAUAAGCGCUUUCUUUGCUUCAAGUCUAUGGUUUGGAAACACUGCUUAUUUGCAUAUUUCAGUGGCCUUCAUUCAAAUGCUUAAAGCUCUGAUGCCUGUGGCAACUUUUCUCAUGGCCGUUGUGUGUGGCACUGACAAGCUAAGGUGUGACGUGUUCUUGAACAUGCUCCUGGUCAGUGUAGGAGUUGUCGUCUCCUCAUAUGGGGAAAUCCAUUUUAACAUCAUAGGCACACUAUAUCAAGUGACUGGAAUAUUUGCUGAAGCACUUAGGCUGGUCCUGACUCAAGUCCUCCUACAAAAGAAGGGCUUGACUCUCAAUCCAAUCACCAGCUUGUAUUACAUAGCUCCAUGCAGUUUUAUGUUUCUGUUUAUACCAUGGUAUAUGCUGGAGCAACCUCACAUGGAUAUUUCUCGUAUUCAAUUUAAUUUCUGGAUUUUCUUCUCCAAUGCUCUUUGCGCACUGGCCUUGAACUUCUCAAUUUUCUUGGUUAUCGGUAGAACUGGGGCAGUUACUAUCCGUGUUGCUGGUGUUCUUAAAGACUGGAUUCUGAUAGCCCUUUCAACAGUGAUUUUUCCCGAGUCAGCCAUUACAGGGCUCAAUAUAAUUGGUUACGCAAUUGCACUUGUUGGUGUUGUUAUGUACAACUAUCUAAAGGUGAAGGAUGUUCGUGCAACUCAACCAGCUUCACCUGAAAGAAUUACAGAUAGAGUUGCAAAGGAUUGGAAGUUUGAAAAGAAGUCAUCUGAUAUAUAUGUACCCAACGAUGAUGUUAAGACUGGUGGAGGUGGAGGGAGUAAUUCAGCUUCUGAAAUGAUUGUUGACGAAGAAGCUCCUUUAAUUACAUCCUCCAGGCUAUCUCAUAUAGGGCGAACACAGGUUAACCCACAUCCUGCUUGAUUGGUUUUUGAGACAUGGAUCUUAUAUUACCCCACUCUGCAGAGAAGAAUAGGAGCAGAAAAAUAGCGGCAUACAUUAUAUUUUCUAGGCAUCAAUAUGCAUCUUUUUGCUGUAAUUUUUUUAGGACAUGAAAAAUUUAGGAAAAUUCAUUGUAAUGACUUGAAAUACAACCCUUUGUGGUUUUUUCAUGUAUUUGAAAUCAGAACAUUUAAUUCUCUUCGUGUUCUGUUGGUAACUUGAGUUCAUGUUUAACAUCUAUGCAUUGAUUCUUUGGGCUGCAGCUCUUCUCGUGCAGUUCUAUCAGAAAAAUUCCAAUUGGAAUUAAACUUGGGGGUUUAUGCGAAUGCAAACAUUUGUUAAGUAUUGCUGAACAUUAAAAAAAAAAAAAAAAAAAAAAAAAAAAAAAAAAAAAAAAAAAAA